AUGAUCCUUCCAAGGAAAUCAAAGGGCCUCUCUCCCAGAAUAUCUACGCCACAAUCGUCUCCCAGGCCACGGAGCACAUACUAUAUACCUGCGUCAAAUCUCCAGGCCUGGCAUGCUACGCUGCCAACACCCUCGGUGAACAGCGCUAAGCAAAGGUCACGAAGCCAUGCGGCGAUGGCUGCUAAGAGGGAGUACGCACCUGCGCCCGUAAUACCGUCGCGGAUGCGCGCGCGAAUGCUUGCCAAACGGUUCGACAUUCCGGACCGGUAUCCAAAAGCACCCGCGAGCUUUCGCUCUGUCCACGCUACUCCGACCGCAUGGAGUGCAGAGCUCGUGUACGCCUCGCCGCUCUCUACCCCGCUAUAUCAUGGUCCCUAUGAAGCUGUGUUGGAAGCGCAUACUCUCGAUGUCGCGUUGGGGAUGGGACACUCGCCCCGCUUCGUCCCGUCACAUGUUCCAGCUGCUUGGAUACGAGCCGAGAGAGAGGAACACGGGUGGCUGGGAGGGGGAGUUCAACUCGAGGAAGAUGCCUUAGAGGACCAGUCGGUCUUGGAGAUUCAGGUUGCCCCGGCGGUCAUGCAGGCCUCGCGCGCCAAAGUGACGCGCUGGCUUGCACAGAUGGAGGCAAGAUAG